UUUCCUGUAAUUCCUACCUACAUCUUCGCGCGUAUAUAAUUUCAUACAACAAUCGAAUAAAAUGUUCAACGUAUAAUUUGGACUCAGGAUUGAAAGCCAGACACAUCGGGUAUCGGGAUGGUGAAUGAAAAAGAAUUUUGGACGGAAGUUCGGAAAGAUUUACCGCGAUACAAGAAGAGAAAGCCGCGAGUAGUUCCUGCCUUCACUAUUCAGGCGUUACAGGAAAACACGGUCGUUGCGCAACCUCCGCGAUGUGGAUUGUAUAAACCUCGUCUACCGAAACCAUCGACUUUCAAGAAAUUUUACAAGCGCGGUGUAUUUCCUAUCUCUUUGGAAAACAAUGGCUACGAUCAGAAAAUUAAUUGGAAAGUGGACAUAGAAGAUUUAGAUUUCCAUCAUUAUUUACCAAUGUUCUUCGAUGGAUUAACGGAAACAGAACAACCAUAUAAAUUUCUGGUAGAGCAAGGAAUAUCAGAUAUGCUAGAACGUGGUGGACCAAAGAUAUUGCCCGUUGUUCCUCAAUUGAUUAUUCCUAUUAAGAACGCUUUGAAUACAAGAAUGCCCGAGAUAAUCUGCACCACGAUGAAAGCACUGCAACGUUUAGUGCAAUCGGCCGAUUGCGUUGGUGAAGCUUUAGUCCCGUAUUUUAGGCAAAUCUUGCCUAUUCCAAAUUUACUCAAAGACAGAAAUGUAAACCUUGGAGAAGGUAUCGACUAUUCUCAGCAAAGAGGAGAGAACGCAGCUGACAUUAUACAAGAAACGCUUGAAAUCUUAGAAAGAUACGGUGGUGAAGAUGCUUUCAUAAAUAUUAAAUACAUGGUUCCCACCUACGAAUCCUGUAUGAUGAAUUAAUAGAGGCAGAAAAUGGUAGUCAAUCCUUUCAAUAGAUUUAUUCUUUAUUCAUAAAAAUGUAACUAUCACAAAAUCAAAGUUUAAUAUGACAAGUUAUACGUAACGAAAGGCAUAAAUGUAGUAAAAAAGAUGUAU